AAAUUUUUGUGGCCUUUAAUUUAAUUUUCUGGGAAUAAGUGAAUCAAUACAUAAUAAUUUACAAAACAUGUCUGCUAAGGCGGCUUUUUCUAUACAGACUUUAUUUUCGACAGCAUCUCGCGAUAGAUGUAUAGCGAAUAUGAUGAAAUUUCCCAUUCCUCGAAGACAGGGCAAAGAGCCUACUGCGUCAGCGGCCGUUCUUAUGCUUCUGUGCGACGUUGACAACACUCCGUCAUUGUUGUACACUGUGCGGGCGGACAACCUGAGGAGCCAUAGCGGACAAGUUUCGUUUCCUGGUGGAAAAAAGGAUAAAAACGAGACGCCGGUACAAACUGCCUUCCGUGAGACUGAAGAAGAAAUAGGCCUGUCACGGACAAAGAUAGAACUGUGGGGACAGGGACCGUCCGUGCCGGGGCGCAACAACCAGAUCAUGAUAACCCCUGUGGUCGGGACUGUAAAGCGCUUAGAAGAAAAAGAUCUAGACAUUAACAGGGAGGAGGUUGCCGAGAUCUUUACAUUACCAAUAGAAUCCCUUUGUAAGAAACAGAAUCAACUCUACACUCAGUUCAAUAAUGGCUUCAUAUUGCCUGUGUUUACUGUAGAUCAUUAUAGAAUAUGGGGAGUCACAGCCGUCCUCACCCAUAUGUUCCUUAGCUCUCUAUUUACUAAAGAUGUUUAUAAAAAUGAGUGGAUGAAACAGAAAGUAGAGUUAAAGUGAAUCUGAGUUUUCUAGGAGAAACAAUAAAUUAAUUAAAUACUCACAUAUACUGAAAUAUUUAUUAAAGUAUGAAAGCUACUACAUAUCACAUGGCAUUGCAGCACUUAGUUGUAUAACUUACAAUUUUAUGCUAACACUGAGCAAGGCACAAGAAGCAUUGAAGAUUAUCACAAUAAUUGGAAUUGAUAAAAAUAUCAAAUGAUUACAAAAGGGAACAGAAAAGGAAAAUAUAAAAUAAAAUGAAACGCAAAUGAAAAAAAUAAUAUUUAUCCAGAUUUAUUCCUUAACACUUAAAUUAUAAUCUAGAAUUAAUAUUUUAUACAUUGUCCAGACAUGGUGAUGGUCUCUCGCCCUUGUGUCACUGUGUACUAUGUUUAUAUGUAUUUUAUUAUCUGCAAUCUACUUUUUCUACGGUCCUUUUUUAUUAAAACUAUUAUAACAAUUUGAUUUGAAGAAUGUUUAGUUGAAUGAAUGUCUUAUUAAAUAAUACAGUUGUUAUCAUAUUGACCAUAUUAUCUCAAAAUUAUGAGAAUGAAAUUGCAAAUUAACUUGCCAAAGGUAACAUCAAUUGCAGGCAAGAGUGUUCACAUAUUUAUUUAUACAUAAAAUGAAAAUUUUUAAAGAAUAAACAGGCAGAGGUAUUGAAACGAAAUGUUAUUGUUUCUCUCUAACCUAACUACACUACUAGUCCAAAAAAGAACCAACAAAAUACUGUA